GGGACUGGUGGUGGGGGCAGGGGUGGGACUGGUGGUGGGGGCAGGGGUGGGACCGGUGGUGGGGGCAGGGGUGGGACUGGUGGUGGAGGCAGGGGUGGGACUGGUGGUGGGGGCAGGGGUGGGACUGGGCAUGGGAGUAGAAGUGGGGCUGGCGCCAGUGGGUCUAGUGGACUUGGUUCCCGAUGCAGGGCGCUACCAAGCGAUCCUGGCUACAUAUAUAUCAUACAAAUGAGUGGCUCUUACAAUGGGCACUACCAAGCGCCACCGUUCGCGAAGGUGGGUUUUACAAACAAUUGCCAGCAACGAUUAGGCAACCUUAAAGCUGGGAACCCUUACCAACUGACAUGUUAUAAAACUUACCAUGUUUGCAACAAGGAUGCAGCAGAAACCGCGGCCCACAACUCAAUAAGAGGCUCUAGAGUUCAAAUGGGAGGGGGAACAGAAUGGUUUUAUUACACAUCAUUAAGUUCACUUGCAACAACAGUUAGAAGCGCAAUUGCUCCGUUUAUUGAUCAGCCUGGCAGUGACUUUGUUGAAUUGUCCAAAAAUCCUUGUCUUACCCCUAAUCCAGCAGGCGUAAUCAUGGCCACUGAUUACGGACAUUUGAACCCGCGGUUUGCCGGUGUUUACAACCAAAGAUGGCGACAAGCAAUCCAAGGAAAUGUGUUGCAUAUAAAAUACAAUUGUAAAUAACAAGUGUCUGAAGUUACCUGUGAGAAUUUCCAAAAUAUUUCCCUGACUCAAGAAAACAAAAUAAAUUCGCUCUGAAAGUUUUGCUGCAAAAUUCCAACGAUAACUAACUGCUCACGGUCUCAGUUUGGUGAUUAAACUGCGUUGCUAUAUAGGUGCAAGAGAGGAGAAAUGUUAAGUCAAGUUCAGGGGCACCCAACGUCAACUUUCGGAAAAUAUCUGUUCGGAAGACGAUUUGAGAUCUAGAAUUUUCGGAACAUUUGUUGUAAAAUUUCUUGCUUGCAUGCCUCUCCUAGGAUUUUCGAAAAUCUAAAAAAUGGUAUAAUUGCCCAUUUUUAACGGAUUUGUACCCUAAACUAGAGGUCACCUAGAUUUUUCGGAAGCCUCUCUUCUGGCUGAAAUUUUCGAAAAGGUAAGUUUUGAUCCCUUUAAUUUUAGGAUCACUAGACUUUCAGCUAGGAAAUCCGAACAGACGAAAAAUGUUUAGGGGAUAACAAUAUGCCUAUAUCUACCGUUUAAAUACUAAAAUACGUUCAACAAUGUUAUGUUUAGGUGGUUUUGAACAACAUUCUCGUUGGGUGCCCCCGCAAGUUAUCACGUUAGCAAAAUUUCUGGAUCACAACAAUAAUAAAUAAUAAUAAUAAAAUAUUUAUAAAGCGCUUAUACUUUUCAGUGCUAAGCGCUUUACAAUGCUUGUAAAGGGUCUGAAUAAAAAAUAAAAAUCCUAAAACCAUUACAUAUAUAUAGUCACAAAAAUACAAAAUAAAAAAACCUAAGAUAGUUCGUAAACUCGCUUAAAAAGAAAGGUCUUCAAUUUAGAUUUAAACUUAUUAAACAUCAUCGUUCGAUCUAAUGUCAAUAGGCAAAUCGUUCCAGAGUAUAGGGGCAAUGACUGAAAAAGCCCUGAAACCGUAUGUCUUUAAGUUAUAGGGUUUAAUAACAAGUCUGAGAGUUAGGGUGAAUAGAACUAGGCUGUGUACGGCGGCCCACUUCGCAAGAAAUGAAAUAAAAUAUCAGAAGAGUCGAGAAAGCGGAAUUUUCUAGUACAACCUUUAUGCAUGUUCGAUAGCUUGUUUAUUUGUCAUUUAUACCGCUCUAUAAACAGAAGUUUUACAAAUGUUACUCGCUGUCCCCUUCAUAGAAAUCGAAGGAAUGGUAAAAAUUACCAUAAACAGUAUCUGUGACAAAGAGGAAACCUUGUAAAACUUUUCGUUAAUCGUCAAGAGAUAUAAAAGGUCGACCAAGAUCGCGCUCUGUGAGGUUACGCAUAAUUUUAGCUUUUCACAUGGCUCUAAUUUAUUACACCCAGGAUUUUAUGGUGUACGAGGAGACACGUGACCAGCCGAUGCCAGGGCCUUUUCCCGCCCCACCCAUUUUUUGAGGGAAAAGCCCUGGGGACGAGGUUGAUCGCUAUAGGUGAGUCAAACGAUAAAUCCAGUACAUUUACUAUAAGGUUCUUCAACAAAAAUGACUGAAUCAGCUACAUAAACAGAUUGUGUGAGUCCCCUGUGACUACACCAGGAAGGUUACCUGCAAAAAAAAAUUCUGUUGAGUUGAUUGUUUAGGGCGCUUUGAAGCUAUAGAUGGUUUUCAUAGUGACGUCAUCAAAUUGUAAAGUCAAAAUAGCGAGGUUUUACGAAUUCUUAUGUACACUAGGUUGAAGAUAAACACAAAGUAAAUCUUUGUACAAGUUUCCAUUCCUGUAGCAUGUUUCAUUUCGAAGAUACAGCAAUUUGAACUUCCGAGUUUUCACAGUGCGUGACACAAAAACGGUGUACCAAUAUGGCGUCUCCAUACAAAGCUCUACAAAGGUGCGUGAAACGUUUCGGCAAAUAACUCAGAAACUUUGGGCCACAAAGACCUGAGACUUAGACAAAUUGUUUAAAAAUUAGUCUUUUAAAACAUUUCAUUUUCCUGGCUUCUUCCACUGGACGGUUUCCAAUUUUUAUUUUUUGUUGCGUGACAGUGAAAACGAUCUAUUUGUCUCCUCGUGACAAGAUUUCAUCGAUUAUGUUCGUGAUCCACAAUGAUCCACAGCUGAUAACUGGUUAGUGGGGCUCAUGGAACGACAAAGCUGCGAAAAUGAAAGAAAAUUGUCUCCCCCUGGAAACCUCACUUUAACGUUCGCUACCUUCCAAUAAUACUUAACUUUACAAUUGACAUGACAAGCAAAUGAGUAACUUACCGGCUGCGGUAUAGGAACUAUGAAACUGCUGAAACUGUCCCUCUUUUGACUCUUGACUACCAACCUCGUUUAAAACAUUCACGAAUGUCUAACCAAGACGUCGCAUAUUCAAGAAUGCUAAGAAACUCUUUAACACGUUUAUCGCCAUUUCCUUUUAAAGCGUGUUCAGAAAGAAUCAUAGCUUUUCACUAUCUAGCGCUCACAGCAUUCCAGAAUAAAAACUUUUGGCCGCCAUUUUAAUUUGCAAGCAUGUUGGAUAGGGUGCUACGCGGCGGGGACUGGGAACUGGUAAAACAGCGAAACAAACUUAAAAACUACCAAACAAACUACCGAACCAAACUACCCGACAAAUCGAGUUCUCCGGAGGCUUUCGAGACAAAAAUACCCAGCGAGCAGAGGAUACAUUUUCGCUGUAUGAGCUGGCGUGCGAAAAGUAGCCUCUGCCGACAACCGUUCAAUUUUCUAUCUUGCAUACGCGAAAUUCGUCACGCGAUUCGCAAGCAAAAUUAAUCGUCAGGUUUGUCGUCAAAUGGCGCGAGUUCCGCGGGAAUAAAAAAAUUGCGACAACUUUGAUCUGCUACGCAAGACUCACGAAAACCCGUUUUUUUAAUUUAUUCGUCCAGAUUUCUGGACGGAUUUGAAGGGUUGUCGGCAGAGGCUACUUUUCGCACGCUAGCUCACACAGUGAAAAUGUAGCCUCUGCUCGCAGGGUAAGACAAAAAUAGGCAGCUGCCCUGUGCGGGCCGGAACUAGAAAUACGUGAAUCGCAGAGCCUCGUGGAUCAGAGGUUUAAGGGUCAGAAGUAGAAAUAAAUGGAAAGAAGCCAAUAGGAAAAGGAAGAUAUCAUAUAUAUUAAAAAACAAACAAAACAAGUAAGCAAACAAAACAAAAGAACAACGUAAAAAUAGGAAGGGUACUAAGUAGGAUUCGAACUCACCUUCGGCUCGAUGUGACUCAGUGUACCACUAUAGUACUAAGGAUGAUUAAGUAUGUCGUGUGAAAAGCCUUUUCCACGGAACUUCCUCCGUCAUUCAAACACCGUUUAAUUCUGAUCGAGCCGUAUUAACCGGGCUAUUGACAGUAUAUACCAAUGUAAACGUAUUUGGAAGCUUAUAUUCAAAAUCACCCAUGUGUUAGGAAUUGGGAUUUUACAGGCGCAAAAUAUUUUCACUUUUUUUUCUUUACAAUAAAACAGGUGCGAACUCCUCAGAGUGGUUUAAACCUGCCGAAGACGAGGGUUACAAGAGGACAAUAGCACUUCAAGACCGCACGGGAAGAAAAGCCAGAGUCAAGGUCGAUCCGAGGACUAGGAGUCAUGCUACUCAUGGGACUGGUGGUGGGGGCAGGGGUGGGACUGGUGGUGGGGGCAGGGGUGGGACUGGGGGUGGGGGCAGGGGUGGGACCGGUGGUGGGGGCAGGGGUGGGACUGGUGGUGGAGGCAGGGGUGGGACUGGUGGUGGGGGCAGGGGUGGGACUGGGCAUGGGAGUAGAAGUGGGGCUGGCGCCAGUGGGUCUAGUGGACUUGGU